AUGCAAGAACAUGAUCUACGUACAAACAGUUUCUUAAAGAGAGUUCUCAUCAUUUUAACAUCAUUGGUAAUUAAAUGCGAAGGACAGGGUUACUGGAAAAGUCCCGAGGAUGGACCUACAUGUAAGAAAAAUACUUGUAGAGAGAUCGACGAUUACUGUGAGUGUUCUCUCACCAUUGAUCACAGACUAACAAUGAUGACGCCACUUCCCACAGCCUCUCUCGUUUUACCUCAAAAUGGAGGAUUACACAACUUCAGUAAUGGAAAUCGAGUAAGUGAUGAAGUAGCAGAAAAUGUAAUAACCGCUGAUGGUUACGGAUCGCGUCUUGUCAUAACAGUCAACGGAAAAUUUCCAGGACCAACAAUUGAAGCGUACGAAAAUCAGAACAUGAUUAUACACGUUCGUAAUUUGAUGCACACCGAUUCUACUACUGUUCACUGGCAUGGAAUGCAUCAGCGUGGAACUCCGCAUUCUGAUGGCGUAGCUUUUGUAAGUCAGUGCCCUAUCCUACCGGGACAAACGUUUACCUACAGAUUCAGAGCAAGUCCACAUGGGUCCAGUUUUUACCAUGCACAUAUUGGAGACCAGCGCAGCAUGGGAUUAUAUGGAGGUCUCGUCAUCUAUCCAAGAAGUCAAGCUGUCUCACAACCACAGCAAGGGUUUACUGUUCUUUUACAAGACUGGAAUCACGAUGACGACCCGGAAACUUUGUAUCAGCGAAUGCUUAAUGGAGUGUAUGAUAUUCCAAAACGAAUUUUAAUCGAACCUACUCAGUCAGUUGAUGGGGCUAAUUUCAGUCGAUUUCAAUUUCAUUCAGGUCUUAUCAACGGUAAGGGUAGAUAUUUUAGUACUUCUACCACAAAUAACGGUUCUCCCCUGGACAUUUUUGAAGUAGAACAAGGGAAGUCAUACAGAUUUCGCGUUAUCAGUGCUGCAACAUUAUAUCCAUUUAGAGUUUAUGUUGGAGGUCAUCCGCAAAUACGUAUCUGUGCCUCAGAUGGUUUUGAAAUCGCCCAAGGCGUUGGGAAAGAGAAAAAAGACAUCAUUGUUGAGUCCUUCAUUAUUCAUCCUGGGGAGAGAUACGAUUUUAUUUUGAAUGCAACACAAACAGCAGGAACCUACCUGCUGGUUGCAGAAAGCAUUGAAAUUCUUUCCUCCAAACAAUACCAUGCUGCAGAAGCAAUACUUCAGUAUAAAAAUACCCCAUAUAAUUAUCCGAACACCAAGGCUACGCCUAACCCAUGUCCUUGCACAACAUUCAACUGUCCAUAUAUGUAUUAUCCUGAAACAGAUAAUAGAAAAUGUCUUCCAUACGACUAUGCCAACAGCAAUGAACAGAACUCUGAUUACUCAACAGUGGAAAGUGUCUCUGAAACAAUGUUUUUUAAUUUUGCAUUUCCUGGAGAACCUGGCCAAACACCUGGGUCUGUGAAUGGGCAUCAAUUCCUAUUUCCCAUCACUCCGGUUUUAGUCCAAUCUUCCGGUGUUGAAGUUCCAUGUUCAAGUGCCAGAUGUGGAAUUAAUUCAAUUUGUGAAUGCACUUACUCAAUAACUUUGUCGGCCGGAAAAGUUUAUCAGUUUGUACUUACUAACAUUGGAAAUGGAAGAGGUUGGUCCCAUCCAGUUCACCUUCAUGGUCACUAUUUUUUCGUUUAUAAAAUAGGGUUUGGUUCUUAUGACAAAACAUCAGCCAAAUUUAUCAAGGAAACAGACGACAUUGUUUGUCAGGGUAAUAGAGGUUAUUGUAAUUCUGCAAACUGGAGGAAUAGCAGCUGGACUUCCAAUCCUCAACUGAUUCCUGAUAUUAAAGAAGAAAACCCACCAGAGAAGGACACCAUUAUCGUUCCUACCGGAGGAUAUGUCAUAAUAAGAUUUAAGGCUGAUAAUCCAGGAGCUUGGUUUUUUCACUGUCAUAUUGAUCUUCACAAUACAAAUGGUAUGGGAAUGGUUCUCCAUGAAUCACCGGAUCUUUAUCCAAAAACACCAUCUGGAUAUCCAAUAUGCUGGGAACCAGAGGGUCAGAACUAUAGCCCUGGAAACAGUAACAAUGCAGUGGAUGUAAAACCUUUUAUAAGUAGGAUCCUAAUUAUCCUCGUCCAUGUGGUAAUGUGGUGA